GUUAUGGAGCGGCUGCGUUACUUCGCUGUAGUUUUGUGUCUUUUCUGUCCCUCUUUUACCUCAGCGGACACUUCCACGGGGACAAGACCUUUCCUGGAGCCGUAUGACUUUCUUUUUGACACCGCUGUGGAGGCUUAUAACAAGGGGGACUGGUUUUCUGUGAUCCUCAACAUGGAGAAGGCUCUGAGGAACAAAGCUGCGGUGCACAGGGUCCGGGCUGAGUGCCGGCUCAGCUGUGCCAACCACACCGCCUUCAGUGAGCCUGUGGCGGGUCUGGGAGUGCCCAUCCCGGGGGUAGGCUCUGUGGACGAUCUGGGAUUCUUUCAGAAAAUCCUCAAAAGAGCAGACUGUGUGAAAUCCUGCGAAAAUGAGAAGCUUGGGCCACCGACCAUGCAUCUGGCGAGCGCAGAAACAGAGCUGGAGUUUAAGAAAAGAACUCCCUACAACUAUUUACAAGUGGCUUAUUUCAAGAUCGAUAAACUGGACAAAGCAGUAGCCGCUGCAAACACAUUUUUCCAGGCCAAUCCUCACCACAUGGAGAUGAAACAGAACCUGGACUAUUACAGAAUGAUGGACGGAGUCAAAGAAGAGGACUUUAAGGACCUGGAGAUUAAGCCUCAUAUGGCUGAGUUUUUGAUGGGAAAACGUUACUACAGCCACGACUCAUUUGGUUUGGCCGCAGAUCAUUUCGAAGCCGCUCUGGAGGAGUACUUCACUGCUGAUAAAGAAUGUCGAGCGCUGUGUGAAGGAUCCUACAACUACGACGGGUACAACUACAUGGAAUACAGCGCAGACCUCUUCCAAACCAUGACGGAUCAUUAUAUGCAGGUGCUAAACUGUAAGCAGCGCUGCUCGGUAGAACUGGCCACUAACGCUGGAAUGGACAAACCCUUUGACGAUUUUCUCCCCUCGCAGUUUAACUACCUGCAGUUUUCAUAUUACAACAGUGAAAACUAUGAAAAAGCCAUAGAGUGUGCAAAAACCUUCCUGCUCUUUCACCCCAAAGACGAGGUGAUGAACCAGAACCUGGCGUAUUAUUCUGUGGUGCUGGGGGAGGACAAAGCAGAGACCGUUUCAGAGAGACAGGUCGUAAAGCAGCACAUCCAACAGUCCAUCCUCGAGAAACAGCUGCUCUAUUUUGGUUAUGAAGCUUUUGGCAUCACAUUUGUGGAUCCAGAUUCUUGGACCCCUGAAGAUGUUAUGCCCAAAAAGUUGAGAGAUAAGCAGAAGGCUGAGAAAGAAGCUGCGGCAAGAAUUACAGAGGAAAUUGGAAACCUCAUGAAAGAAAUUGAAACUUUGGUGGAGGAGAAGAAGAAGGACUCGUCAGAUUUAGCCAAGAUCGUUGCACCUCAGGAUGCCGUCGUUGGUGAUGCCGUGCUGUACGAUAACAUCAAGAUUAGCCUGACGUCCAAGCAGCUUAAUGGCUCGGAGCGAGUUCUUCUAGACGGGGUUGUCACGGACGAUGAGUGUCGGGAGCUGCAACGCCUCUCAAAUGCAGCUGCUCUGAAAGGUGACGGCUACAGGGGGCGCCCUUCUCCACAUUCCCCCAGUGAGACUUUCCAAGGAGUGACGGUCAUGAAGGCUGUAAAGCUCGGACAAGAAGGAAAAGUCCCCCUGAAGAGCGCGCGUUUGUUUUAUGACCUCAGCGAGAAAGUGCGGAAAGCUGUGGAGACCUACUUCCAACUGAAGACCCCGCUGUACUUCUCAUACUCUCACUUGGUCUGCCGCUCUGCUAUUGACGAGAACCAGGACGACCGCCGUGAUCUGAGCCACCCUGUGCACGUGGACAACUGUGUGCUGGUGUCUGAGCUGAACGAGUGCAUUAAAGAGCCGCCGGCGUACACACACCGCGACUACAGUGCGAUCCUUUAUCUCAAUGAAGAUUUUGAAGGGGGAGACUUCAUUUUCACUGAGUUGGACGCCAAAACUGUCACCGCUGAAGUUCGUCCUCGCUGUGGUCGUGUGGUCGGGUUUGGAUCGGGGAAGGAGAAUCCUCACGGAGUCCGAGCUGUGACUAAAGGUCAGAGGUGCGCUGUGGCUCUGUGGUUUACGCUGGAUCCUGCUCACGAGGAAAAGGAAAGAAUACAAGCUGGUGAUAUGCUGAAGAUGUUUGCCACACCUGUGAAUCCUGAGUUUAGCCAAAAGGAUCCUGCAGCCACAGAGCCAGACAGUCCCACUCCACCCCAGCAGGGGGCAGCAGAUGCUAAAGAAAACAGUAAUAAAGUAGAUUCUGCAAAAGAAACAACAGCCACACCAAAGGAACAAAAAGCACCAGCAGCCAAGAAGAGCAAAGUGGACACAAAAGACAAAUCAAAAGUAAAGACCAAAACUGGAGACAAGAGUAAAGCAGCGGAUAAAAGUAAAACUAAAACAAAAACCAAAGAAACAACCAAAGCUCCAGCCAAACAGGGAGACAAACAGAACUCCAAAUCUACCGCAAAACAGACAAAAUCAACUAAAGGUAAAGCAUCGAAAUCUGCAGAAAACAAAGACGAGCUGUGAUGUUUGUCUGCUGUAGUUUUUUAUGUCAUUUCUACUAAAAAGAGGCAAGACAAUCAGAGGACUGCUGUAUGGAGUAUGAUGCCACUCGGAUGUUCACGUGUACCACUGUUUACAGAAGUGACUAAAUUAAUUUUAUUGUGGUACUUUUUAUUAGAGAUGCACCGAUCCAGGUUUUUCUGUUCUAAUACAGAUUUUAUACUGUAAUUUUAGUCCGAUAUCAACUUAAACCAGUGAAAAAUAGUAUUUAAUUCUUUAAAACAACAUUAUGAGACGAUCUGAGCCGACUACAACCAGUGAAUAUCGACGUAUAUGUCCAACCAGGAUAAUGGAUGGACCGAUAUUUGGAAGCCGAUAUCGAAUCCAGCACAUUCUUUCAGUAUUGGUGCCGAUAUCUGACCCCAGUAUCGGAUCGGUGCAUCUCUAGUUUUUAUGUUUCUGUUUGAAGACUGGGAAAAAUAAAGUGUUAAGUUUCAU